UGGAAUGUUUAACACGUCGUGACAGUGACAAAACGUAGUUUGAUCAAACUUAUUCCAAAUACAAAGAUUUCUUUCGUGUUAACAUUGUGUUAAAAUCAAAACAAACUUGGGUUUCGAUGAAGAAUUCCUAAAAGUAUGCGUGAAGAUUAAAAAUUUGAGUUUCAAAUUAGUGACUGUUAAAAAAUAACCGUUAAUCGAAAUAAAGUGUUUUGGUGACUUUUGCGCGCAACGGUGUAUUUGUGAUGCUUAGUACGGAAUCAUGAGGAAAAAAUUGGAUACAGUUUUUUUAUGGAUAUUAACUUUUACUAUAAAUGGUUUUGAUGCAUUGAAGCUAGACUUUGGCAACUGUCCCAUAUAUUUCGAAGAACCAUGCAGUCCAUACGCUACAAAAUUUAUUCUAUCCAUAGGCAAAGGUGAGAAUGUAACUUACCAUGAUCUGGAUCCUUACGAACCCGUGAUUCCAAAAGAAUUUAACCAUCUUUUGCCGUUUAAAGUUGUUAUUCACGGUUAUGGAGGACUCAAAGUAGACACUGCCAUUACGAAUGUCACAGUAGCUUACCAAAGCGUUGGAUACAAUGUUGUUAUAGUGGAUUGGGAACCUAUUUCCUCCAUCCCGUGUUACAUCACAUCAUAUUUAAACACAUGGCAUGUGGGGCAGUGCUUGGCAAUUCUUGCCAUGAACCUUUUUCCAUACGGCAUCAGUCCUCUCUUGACGCACAUUGUGGGAUUCAGUUUGGGAGCUCACAUAGCUGGUUUUGCUGGAAGCAAUAUUAGAAACACCAUGGGGCUUUCAUUUAUGAGAAUUACAGGUCUAGAUCCUGCUCUACCAUUUUUUGCAACGUUUAACAAUGACUGGAAGUUGGAUUCUAGUGAUGCCUCAUUCGUAGACGUAAUUCACACCAGUGCAGGCACGUUUGGGAAACUGGAAGCGCUGGGGGACGCAGAUUUUUACUUAAACGGAGGAUCUUUGCAGCCGUUUUGUCACUCUGCAAAGUAUCCACCAAUAUGCAGUCACAUAUUAGCAGGAGUGUACUUUGCUGAGACUAUUCGAAACCCAGGAUCUCUUUUUAUCGGCACAAAAUGUGACAACCUUGCAAGUUACUAUCUUGGAUUCUGUAGAUCUGGAGAAGUUGCCUUAAUGGGAGAAUAUACUCAUAUUUCAACAAAUGGGAUUUACUUCGUGAAAACAUCAAACAAGCCGCCAUUUGCCUUAAGUAUAUUACAGUUAUUAUAAUAAAUAUAUUUGUAUAUAAUAUUA